AUUUAUAAAGGGUGGGUUGGCUGGGGUGUGUGAAAAGUCACUGUAACCAGUGUCCUUGUGUGCAGUUGUCCAGCUAAGAAUUGCAGGGUUUCAGUGUGUGUUUAGAUGUUAUUUCCCUUGAUUUUUAAAUUAAUAUACUUAUGUGAAAGUAUUUUUAUGUGCCACUUUUCUUCUGCUUUACCUUUCCUGUAUCUCCCUUGUUUUCAACUUCACAUCUUUAAAUUUUCCUUUAUUGAUWGGUUGAUUCUGCUUUAGGAUAAUGGCAGGAAAAGUAAAGUGGGUAACUGACAUAGAAAAAUCUGUUCUAAUAAACAACUUUGAAAAAAGAGGAUGGAUUCAGGUGGCAGAAAAUGAAGACUGGAAUUUUUAUUGGAUGAGUGUCCAAACAAUCAGAAAUGUUUUCAGUGUGGAAACUGGUUACCGCCUCUCUGAUGACCAGAUUGUCAAUCACUUCCCAAACCACUAUGAACUGACCAGAAAAGAUUUGAUGGUAAAGAAUAUCAAGCGAUACAGAAAAGAACUUGAGAAAGAAGGAAGUCCUCUUGCAGAAAAGGAUGAAAAUGGAAAAUAUAUUUAUUUGGAUUUUGUUCCUGUGACUUUUAUGCUUCCUGCCGAUUAUAAUCUCUUUGUUGAAGAAUUCAGAAAGAAUCCCUCCAGCACUUGGAUUAUGAAACCUUGUGGCAAAGCUCAAGGAAAAGGAAUAUUUUUAAUCAAUAAACUCUCCCAAAUUAAGAAAUGGUCUCGAGACAGCAAAACAUCUUCGUUUGUGUCUCAGUCUUCCAAAGAAGCCUAUGUGAUUUCACUCUACAUCAACAAUCCCUUACUGAUUGGUGGAAAGAAAUUUGAUCUACGUCUGUAUGUUUUGGUGUCUACCUAUCGUCCACUGAGAUGUUACAUGUAUAAACUUGGAUUUUGCCGGUUUUGCACAGUCAAAUAUACACCAAGUACAAGUGAAUUGGAUAACAUGUUUGUGCAUCUUACAAAUGUUGCAAUUCAGAAACAUGGGGAUGAUUACAACCAUAUCCAUGGRGGCAAGUGGACAGUGAGUAACUUACGCCUCUAUCUGGAGAGCACCCGUGGAAAGGAAGUCACCAACAAAUUAUUUGAUGAAAUCCACUGGAUAAUUGUUCAGUCCCUGAAGGCUGUUGCRCCUGUAAUGAAUAAUGAUAAACACUGCUUUGAGUGUUAUGGAUAUGACAUUAUCAUUGAUGACAAGCUUAAACCCUGGCUAAUUGAGGUUAAUGCUUCCCCCUCUCUUACUUCCAGCACUGCUAAUGAUCGUAUCUUGAAGUAUAAUCUUAUUAAUGACACRCUCAAUAUUGCUGUUCCUAAUGGGGAAAUCCCUGACUGCAAAUGGAAUAAAUCUCCACCRAAAGAGGUUCUAGGCAAUUAUGAAGUCUUGUAYGAUGAGGAGAUGGCACAGAGUGAUGGGCCUGAUCGUGACCUGCGGAGUCGUCCUGGGCAAUCCACUGGGGUCAAAGGAAGCCGUGCAAGAGAUUCUGGAAAGCCUGUACUGACCACCUGGAAGUGAUAACAGAAAAAAAAAGAGCUGCACUCUUGGUAUAAAGACAUCRAGAAUAACUUGCUGGUUUAGAGCAGAUCGCCAUGUUUUGCUACACUGCAUGUAGGAAAUACUAAAGAACACAAUACAGCCUUUGAAAAGUGAAACAAACACUCAAAACCCAGGARCUGUACUAGACUUGCACUGACCUGAUUGUUACUGAAACAGCACAUAUAGACUGUGUAUGUAUAUACAAUUAUGUUUAUAUAAUUAGUAUAAACUCAUACUCUCUCAGUAAUGAUUUAAGAACUUUCUUUAUAAAGAUGACAACUCAAAAUACGCAUUCUGAAAGUAACUCCUUGCUGUUCUGGAUAAUAUUUAUUUCCUCUGGUAGCCUAUCCCUUCCUGCCUAUAAUAAAUGAGCUGUGGAUUCUGUAAAACGGUGAUAGUGGUAAGUAUUAAUAUUUUCACAAUGGUGGUUCAGAUUCUUGUAGUAAAAGAAGAGCAAAUAGAAAAAACUAGCAGUACAUGUACUUGAGGCUAUUGUCAGUUAAUGCAGCUAAUGAUUUGUAACCAGUAUUAACAGAUUGAAAAGGAAGUCUUUAUAUGCUGGGGGUUAAAGGUUUUUAUUUCCUUUAAGUGUUCUGAGCUGCUARCUUUUAAAGGUAGGAAGUUUGAUGGUCUGAGGUACUGUUUCAAUGGURUAUUGRUGGAYUAUUUCACUAGCCARUAAUUUUUAUUUUGAGAUAGUGCAUGUCUGUGGAAAACAGACAGAACAACCASAUACUGUGAUAAAUCUCAUUGCUUGAAGUUGAUGAUAAAUCUUUAUUUGCA